UAUCUGUCUACUUGAGAUAAUUAGGAAAUGUAGAUAUGUAGUAUUUAAAGGAAAAUGACAUUUUUUGGUAAUGGGAACAGGUUGUAACCCUAAUGGGCUUCAGUUAAAAUCGUCCGUGCUGCUAGUAAGCAACAAAAGAAUUCACGAACUUUUUCAAUUGUUCUUAUCGUUUCAGACGCGUGAGUUGAUAAAGAAUCAUUACCCCAUUCAAUGUGUGUUGCUGAUCCGAUUCCACUUUCUCAGUAUGUAAUAGCCCUGAUAAAAAAGGACAAAGGCGAGCAGGAACUAAGAGAAAUAUGUAUUGACCAAUUGGAAGUAUUCUUGCAAGAAAAUACAGCAAAGUUCGUAGAGGAUUUGUUUGCUGUACUUAAAUCAAGAACAUAUGUUGCGUGUGAAACAUUAAAACAAACUCAGUCUUCGGACAACUCUUACCCAAAGGAUUCUUCUGGAAAAAACCCUUGUGGAAAUACUUUUGAUAAUGUACCAAAAGACAGGAAAAGACAUUUGACAAACAAUAACACUAACGUUCCAAAUGCCACGGACACUUGUGCUCCCAAGCAGAAACGAAAACGCUCACCGGAGAAUAAAGCAAAAAGAAUUUCGUCAGAUAGUCGUUCACGCAGUCCCCAUUCCCCAGGAAAACCAAUAAAUAAUGCAAGUACAACUAGCAGGCAACAUGGGAAAGAACUUGAACCACAUGUAGAUUCCUGCAGUCGUGGACGUCAUAAUAACCACUCAGAAGAACCCAGCUUAAAAACAGUGGAUGGUCAUAUCAGACGCAAUUCAUCAGGUAGUUCAAAUGAAGAAGUAACCCAUUCAAAUACAAUUUCAUCGCGUCGGAAUAAGUAUAAUGGUUCAGAAUCACAUAAGUAUAACAGUCGUGAACGUAUCCACUCACGGCACAAAGAUGAGCAUAGCAAUCGUUCGUGUAAAUCUUUCGCGAAGUCUGUCACCGAUUACAGAGUAGUUGAUGAAAAGUGUCGAGCUGUAAGGAACCGUCGCUGUCGUGAUUUUGAAGAGCGUGGUUUUUGUGUAUAUGGAGACAGAUGUCAGUAUGACCACGGCCCGAAUGCUUUGGUAAUUUCGUCUGCUAAAUCUGCUGUGUCCGCCAUCGCUCAUCUCACAAACCCUCUGUUAGAUACUAAUCCACUCUCAAAUAGUACUGGGGAUUUACCAAUGAAUAUUGGAAAAGAGGCAUCAAAAUCUAGUACACUUCAGCCUCAAUCUUUUGUAGCAGCUGUUCUAUCUGGACCUACUGAACUUAACGAUUUAAAUCAACAUAUUGGUACUCCUCUUAUUCCUGUUUAUCACCCGACUCCAACUUGAACUCCUUGAUAGAUGUCCUGUCAGUUGACAACUGGUUCUGGAAUUUUUUCGACUGGGACUUAAUGAUCGUAUACGUGGGCAAAUUAUUUAUUCGACCACGUCAAUAAUUCCAGCGUUUUAACAGUCGAUUGUGCCGUCGUAACAGAGACCUGUUUAUUUUGAUCUAUCAGAAAAGAUCAAGAACGUUAUCAGGCAAACCUUUCGUUCUACCGUAUCAGUGGUUAAGAAGAUAUGAAAAAUAGAACACUUGCCCAAUGAGGAGUUGUACCACUGUCGUUUUUGGCUUUACCGAUGAAACCAAUGAUUGCCAAGAUUGGAUCGGUUAGAAAUGUUUCCAUGUCAACAUUUUUUCGGUAUAUGAUUCCAGUUAACUAAUAACUGUAAAUUUUGUGCCUAAUUUUACCUUUCACAUAUUUGGCUCGGGGAAGUUCAUCGUUAUCCGUUUUUUGUCCUCAUUAAUUUGUCUUUUCUAUUUAGUUAAUCAUCCAGAUAAUCAAAUGUUAAUGACCUGUUGCAUUGAUCAGUCAUCGGAUACUGGAUUACUUCCUCAGGUUUCUAACCCUUCUGUUUUGUAUAGUAAAUCCAAUUGGAAGCAUCCCCGUUUGCAGAAUAACAUGCAACAACGUUCUAAUAAUUUUCGCGUAUUUAACAAUGUCAACACUAUUAGUCGAAAUAUAGUUCCUUUGCCAAUGAUUCAAAAUACUAACAAUAAAGAUCAAACCGAAAUUAAUUCAGCUCCACCUGCCUAUGAACCAGAUCGACCACAUUUGUCCAUGAUUUCGACGUCCGAGUCUAAUAUUCUACAGUCUUGCGAUACUUCAGAUGUAGAACAUAAUGCCUCUACCCCACCAUUAUCAUAUAAACCCAGUCCUAUCACUGAACAAAUCAGUUCAUAUGCUGUAGUCCCAAAAACAUCAGGAGUAACAGAUCUUUCUUUGGAUAUCACUUCUCGAACUGUUGAUCCUCGUACUACUCUGUAUAUCGAUCGUCUUCCUUGGAAACUUAAUGAUGCGGAUAAAAUUCGUGAGCAUUUUGCUCAAUUUGGUCAUGUAAUAAACGUCAUUGCUAGAUACAAGGGCAUGGUAGGUUCCGCAGUGGUUGAGUUUUCUUCAUCAGACGAAGCUGAGAAAGCCUAUCGAAGCCCCAUUCCUAUGUUUUCAAAUAGAUUUAUUCGAAUUUACACUCGUUUUCCAGAAAACUUCAAACACAAUGCUCGAAGCAUGACUAGUCGUUUCCCUCGUCCCAAGAGUAUACUGGAUCGUUUAGGAACACGACCUGUUCCUGGAAAUAACAAGAUUAAUUCAUAUUCAUGGAUGAGUAUGACGAAUGACUGUAUAGAAAAUCAACGCGUUCCUGGCAGCAUUCUUCCUGAUGAUACCAUCCAAAGGGGUAAUAGAUCUCGUUGGCGUUUAGAACGUAAUCCAACCAGUGGAGAUGCCUUAUUAUCGGGUGAUGAAGAAGACGAUUUAAUUGACGAAAAUCCGACCAUAGAUAGUCAUGAACGAAAUUCUGCCACUUUCAUCAAAGAACGUAGUAAAGCUUUUAAUCAAAGAAUUGAUAAAGUAGUAGAUAAUUAUGUUGAUCUUAAUGCCGAUCAAGAGUCAUUAUUAUUUACUCGUAAUCCUGAUACAGCAAGGCAAUUCAAUAAUAGUAAUAAUAUAACUGUUACGUCAAGUCCUUAUACUUUGUCGCAUAAACAAGAGGCUGAGGCAAUUCUUUGGGAGCGUCGUAAAAUGGCUGCAUUGAGACAACGUAAAGAACAACUUAUGCUUUUAGAUAAGUCUCGUGAAGCCCGAGAAUCAGUGAUUGAGGCUCGAAAACAACGAAUUACUAAACUGAAGUUGCUUCUUGAAAAAGUGAUGAGUCAGUUGGAAAAUAAUCGUACUAGCGAAACAGACAAUUGUACAGAUUCGAAACCACUGACAUUGGAUGAAAGACGAAAAUUACUUACUGAAGCCAAACGGCUACAAACUGAGCUUGAAUCGACUUUGGAAGCUGAGAAGAAAGAUUUGGAUAUCCGAAGUUUAAACCGAGAAUCAAACAGCAAAAAAAUGUUCAUUUCAAAACCAUUAGGAAGCACAACAAUUAGUGCGGCCGCAUUACAAGCUUUACCGAGUCCAAUUCGAUUAGAAAGACAAAAACAAAUUUCUGAAAUUCAAAUCGAGAUCGAUAAAUUGGAAGCAAACCUACGUGAUGCAACUCAAGAUGAGGUUAAAUUAAAAGAAGGUCGUCGAAGGAUCGUAGAACUUAAACGCCAGCUUGUCGAUUUGGAGACAGUCCGGCCAUCAGAUAUGUUUUUGUCUCAAAACACAAGCGGUUGUGCUCCCGGCGACAAUUCCGCAUACCCAAACAGAACUCAAACCAAACUUGAUAAGCGACCUCGAACUUUGUAUAUUACUGGCAUCGAACCAGAUGAUGUAGAAAACUUUCAAAAUGCCCUCUCACUAAAUUACCUGCAUACACAAUCUUGUACAAAACAAACUAACCCUGAAACUAAUCAGUUAGUACUGGAAGUUACGUUUUGCACUCGUGAUUUCGCCGAGGCAGCUAUUCGUCUGUUUACCCAGUUUCAUGGAUGUGACUUACAAAUGAGUUUUGUGUAUCCAGCACUGUUCGAAACCAAAUCUGGGAAUUUUACUGAUAAUGAUGUAAAAAAUGUUUCGUCCACACAAACUGAAACUUCAGACCAAUUACAAGCUAUCACAUCUUCAGAGUCUUUGGAUUAUUCUGCUCAUUCCAGCCCUACAUCUACUACUGCUCUGAAUACCAUGUCCUUAUGA